GGGGGCGCGAGCGGGCGGCCGCGGCGGCUGCACCCGGCGGGGCGCUGAUGCGGCGCCUGGACCUUAGCUGCGCGACUUCGGGGGCGUCGGCCGAGUUGGCACUCCGCGAUGCAGCUCCUGAAGGCGCUCUGGGCACUCGCAGGGGCCGCGCUCUGCUGCUUCCUCGUCCUGGUGAUCCACGCGCAGUUCCUGAAAGAAGGUCAGCUGGCCGCCGGCACCUGUGAAAUCGUGACCCUGGACAGGGACAGCAGCCAGCCGCGGAGGACGAUCGCCCGGCAGACGGCGCGCUGCGCAUGCAGGAAGGGGCAGAUCGCCGGCACCACGAGAGCCCGGCCCGCCUGCGUGGAUGAACACCUGACACGGCGACCCCCGCAGCCAGUGCGCACGGCUGGUGAGCCCCGGCUCCGUGGUGUGCUGCCGAUCACAUGUGCUCCAGGCGGCGCCGGCCCUGGCCCGAAGAUGAGCUCACCACGCAGAGCACGAGUGCGGCAUGGUGGGCUGGGUGGGGAGGGCAACGUGGGCUUCACUGCCCACAUGCAGCACAGCCUACCCUGAGACGUGGCGGCUCGCCCUGGGCCUCCUGGGCAUCUCCCCCUGUCGGACCUCCUGCCAGCCUGUCCUCUGCCUGGCUCACAAAAGAGGCCAUGGGGCGAGUGGCUCACACAUGGGCCCAGAGAGCGAAGCGGUGCCUCCCCACCCAGCCUCCCGCCAGCAUCUCGGUGCUCCCCCACAGCCCCUUGUGCCAUUCAGCCAUCCAGUUGUCAGAUGUCUGAGCAUCUUGCUGAGCCCUCUCUGCUCCUGGACCCCGAGAUGGAGUGUGGGGAGCCUGGGCCUGUGGGGGUUCAAGGUCAUGGCUCGGGAUAGGCAGGCCUGGUGUGGCCUUGGGUGUGGUUUGGUUGAGCCUCAACUUUUCGUCUUUCUAGGGGUCACAGCCAGUGACUGGGCAAAGCCUGCACCUGCACUUGGGGAGAGAGUGUAUUCAUACCCCAAGUCCUGGCACAAACCAAUUGGAGCAGGCUGACUCGGAGGACCCACACUGGGUGGAGAGCCUGCUGGGGUUGAGUAGCCCCAUCUGCAGGUCCAUGCCUGGCUGCCCAGUUACCAGUCCACCUCCUGGCUUGAGGCUGUGCAUGAGGCAGUGUGGCCUAUAGACCUGGCAGAGUGGACAGUGAAUCCAGAGCAGAAGCUCUUGGACCCAGUGGCUUGGGCUCUGCUGCCUCCUGCUGACAGCAGCAGAAAUUGCAGGCAUACUUAGGAAGCAAGUACAUUUCUCCAUGCUCGUCUGCGGGAUCCCUCUCAAGACCCCUAGAAGGGCCUGAAACUGUGGAUAGCACUGAACCCUGUGUGCGCCGUGCUUUCCCUAUACACAUAAACCUGUAACGAGCUUUGAUUUCUAAAUUGGGGACAGCAGGAGAUUAAUGAUAACGAAUGAUGAAGGAGUUGACAGUCACAACACAUACUGAAAUAAACUUGUGUCAGUGUGGUC